AUGAUGAAGAGAUCCUCAGUGUCGGAUAACCUGGAGCCAGGUAACGGUCCGAAAAGCUACUCAUGCUUGGCUUGUCGGCAGCGCAAGGUCAAAUGCGACCGGUGCACUCCCUGCUCUAAUUGCGUCAAGGCAGAGAAGCAAUGCAGCUUUAUUCCUCCUGUGCGUGGGAAGCGAAAAAGAACAAAGCCUCCCAGAGAAGGUCUCCAUGCCAAAUUGCAGCGAUAUGAGGAAUUGUUGAAAUCUUAUGGCGUAAAAUUUGAGCCAUCGGGAGAUUUUGAUGCCUCGGGGUCAGAAACGGCAUCUCAGUCUGAUGUUCAGGUGGAUGAGGACGCUGCCCCUCCAAGCCAACGCUCCAAUCUUGAAGAGACUAAACCAAGGCUCAUCAUUGAUAAGGGCACAUCUAGGUAUUUUGAUUGUGCUCCGUGGUCUAGCCUGGGAAAUGGGCUUCACCAUCCGGAAGUUGGUGAGCCAACUGAAGAGUCAAACAUUCAGGACAGUGGGCUGUUCUUUGAACCAGAACAAAUUGAUAAGUCCGAGAACCUUUCAAACUUCCACCUCUCGCUCCAGAUGCUCCCAAAGUUAAAGGAAAUCUAUCUUGAUCGGGUUGACCCUAUGAUAAAAAUCUUACAUUUUCCUACGUUCUGGACUGCAGCAACUGAUGGGCUGAGAGAUCAUCAAAGCAUGCCCACAGACUUGGAAGCAGUGAUAUUUGCUUUCUACCUUGCGACAAUCUCUACUCUGGGAGAAGAUGAGUGCCAACAUCUAUUUGGAGUACACAAAUCAGUCAUGUACUCCCGCUAUAGACUCGCGGCUCGACAAGCUUUAACAAACGCAGGGUUCUUAUCAACAUCCAGUCCGACGACCCUUCGAGCAUACGCAUUAUUCACGGCGUGUGUAAGAGCAAGCUACAAAUGCGACACCCUAUUUGUCUUAUCAGGCGUUGCCAUACGACUUGCACGCAAAAUGGGGCUCCAUCGGGAUAGCUCGGCUCUAGGGCUAUCUCCAUUCGAAACCGAGAUGCGAAGGCGACUUUGGUGGCAUUUAGCUUAUGUGGACUUCCGCCUGGCCGAGGUGCUGGGCACGAAACCGUCGCUGGAUCUUUCCUGCAGCGAUAACCAAAUGCCCCUAAAUGUCGAGGACGAGGACCUUUACCCCGACAUGGUCAAUCCACCACUGGAACGCCACUGCAUCACCGCUAUUACUCCUUCCUUGAUCAAAUACGAGGUUAUGGAGAGUUUGCGCAAAUUUUCAACAUCGUGUUUUGGUGAAUUGCGCUGGGAGGCACUCUCCUGCGCGGAUAUCACGACCAUGGAAAAGGACAGCAUUAUCAGCCACAUUGAGGAUCGGCUGGAAAUGAAGUAUCUGCGGUACUGCGACCCGUCUGACUCACUUCAUACUUUCGUAUCAGUCAUGAUCAGGACCUCGAUAUGCAAGAUGAAGCUCCUUGCGCAUAAUCCACGACAAUUCGCCAACAACCCCAUCAAAGUUCCUCAAAGCGAGCGCAACAUAUUCUUUGUCAACGCUAUGAAGCUACUAGACUAUGUCAUCUUUAUGCAGGAAGGGUCCCACGGCCUAGAAAAAUAUACGUGGCAUUUUGGCACGAGCGUUCUUUGGAAUGUGAUACUCUACGUGCUCAUCGAAGUUCGGCACCGCAAAACAGGGCCUGACGUUGACAAGGCAUGGAGGCUGAUAGGAACAGUAUUCUCAUAUUAUCCUCAAGUGUUUGAAAGAUCCACCGGCCCUGUAUAUACAGCACUAGGCAAGUGGACGUUGGAGGUUUGGGAUGACCAUGUUGCUGCCUUGAAGGCAGACGGCGUUCCGAAACCAUUAGCACCCGAUUAUAUCAAUGCAAUCAAUCGCUGCCAACGACCAGCAAUAGAGUCACCAUCACAGCCAAGUCACGAAGGCAAUCUCGAUGAUGGGGGAGCUCUCGACUUCUAUGACUUCCCUAGCCUGCUAUCUUUCGAGAUGGACCCGAACGAAUGGGUCCAGUGGGAACAGUUAGUUGCGGAGCAGGGCGGUUUCUCUCAAGUUCUUUUCUUCUUCAACCGUAUAUUUGUCGCAGUCGACACCAAGGCUGUUCUAGUAGUUCAUCCCAUCAGUCCUAUAUUAGACUUCAAGAUGUCCUCCAUACCAACCCAAAAUAUCUACGAUGACCCAAAAUUCUUCAAGGCAUACAGUACACUGCCCCGAUCCCAACAUGGCUUCGACGCAGCCCCCGAAUGGCCGGUGUUGCAAGAGAUGGUCUUGAAGAACAACAAACCAGGACAUCCUGGCAUUCAGAAUGAACAUAUUCUGGAUCUAGGCUGCGGUUACGGUUGGUUCACUCGCUGGGCUCGAGAAAACGGAGCGAAACACGUCAAAGGCAUGGAUGUAUCAACAAAGAUGAUUGAGAGGGCUAAAGAGUCCGAGAAGGACCUGCAAGCAAAAGGAAAUAUUCCGCCUUCUUAUGGGACACUAUGUUAUGAAGUCGGCGAUCUUGAGACGAUAUCCUUCAGCGCAUCCGGCACAGACUCAUACGAUCUAGUCUACAGUUCGUUGACGUUCCAUUACAUCGAAGAUUUCUCAAGAUUGCUUCAGCAAAUCCGACUUUGCUUGAAGAAAGGUGCCCCAGAGGAUGGUUCUAGGAAAGGAGGAAGACUGGUCUUUUCAGUGGAACAUCCCAUCUGUACAGCUCCAGUUAAUCCAGAACCUGACUGGAAGGUUCUGCCAAACGAAGAUGGCGAUGGAGCGGAUAGAAAGAUCUGGCCUUUAAAUUCCUACAGUGAUGAGGGCCCGCGUGUGACGAGCUGGCUGGGUGUUGAUGGGGUCAGAAAGUACCAUCGAACCGUGGAGACCUAUGUUACUGCGUUGCUCAAGAAUGGCUUCGUCUUGACUGGAUUGAAGGAUUGGGUUCCUUCGAAGUAUGACGUUGAGGAGCAUCCCGAAUGGAAGGAUGAAAGGCAUCGGCCAUAUUUUCUGCUCAUCUCUGCUGAGGUCCAUUCAGAUUAUUAA